GCGCCCCGGGGCCCCGCCGGCGGCAGGCAACGCCGAUGCCUGGCCGGGCGCCCGUUUCCCGGGACUACGUUUCCCAGGGAUCCGCGGCGCGGCCCCGCCCGCUGUCAGCGAGCGCUGCAGGUUGAUCGCCGCGGCUGCAGAUGAGCGGAGCCCGCGCGGGCGGGGGGGCGGCCGGGGCAGCGCCGCCGGGGCCGGGUCGGCGGCCGGCGCACUAUGCGAGGCCGGGAGGAUGGCGGUGGAAGCUAUCCAUUGCAAUCUGAAUCCAAAUGGUAUUGAUCACCCAGUCCCCACAGAAGGUAUUAAUCUGCAACUUGAAGGCGAAGGAGUUGAAUCACCUGCGGUAAAGAACACUAGUACUCCAAAAGGGCCUGAGUCAAAAGAGUCACCCAAGAGACAAGUGGAGCCAGAAAUAUCUAAGUCUGGGACUGUGAAGCUGACCAAGCCUGUGGCGUUAUGGACCCAGCAGGAUGUCUGCAAAUGGCUGAAGAAACAUUGCCCUAAUCAGUAUCAAAUCUACAGUGAGUCAUUCAAACAACAUGACAUAACUGGCCGUGCUUUGCUGAGACUUACUGACAAAAAGCUUGAACGAAUGGGCAUUGCCCAGGAAAGCCUGCGACAGCACAUUCUGCAGCAAGUCCUUCAGCUGAAGGUGAGAGAAGAAGUCCGAAACCUCCAGCUGCUUACACAAGCCCCAGCGGAGAGCUCUCCAUAAACAUUUCCAGCCUCUAAAGCUGCUGUCCUGCCACUUGAUAUGAAAGUGAACUUUCCUUCAUGAAAAAAACACAAUAAAUGGCGCUGCCAGAAGAUGGCUGUGGAGGAUGGAAGACAAACUUGAAGUAAAAUCAGCCCACUCAGCUGAUACAUUCUGGGGAGACCUGGUUUGCUGUGGAGUAAAUAUGUGGUGCAAAACAUCCAGUGCUAAUUUGUUGAAAAUGGUCAUUGACAGACCUUUAGCUGGAAAAUUUCUUCCAGUCUUCAUCACUGUGCAUAACUUCUGAGUUCCCUUUAGGGGACUGUCUAUGCCCUUCACUAGAAGUCCUGUUUUAGCAUGGCAACUACUGGAUUCUUUUAUUAUGUAUGCAGAUGGCAUGAUGUUUUAGGAAAAACUUAUAACAAUUGUCCAAUCUCAGUGGAUAUGUUCACAAUAUUACACCCUGAUAGGAAUGUAAAUGUCUUGUAUGUGUUAGUUUUGCAGUCUAAUGGCAUUCUGUUAAACAAUAUCAGCACUUCAUAUGUGCUUUUCUCACAGAACUAGCACAGUCCAUAUAUAUAUAUAAUGGUCUUUUUUUAAAAUACUGAGGAUAUGUUUCAGUGUUUGUGCUGAGACUGCAUCCAAACUGAAGCCCAGUACUAGCAUCCCUUCACUGAUUCACAGUAGGUUGUGUAGAUAGAUUUGCACGUGGCAGAGAUGUGACUUCUUUUAUGUGACUUCAAGAACAGCUGUCACAGAGGUAGCCAAGAACAGGGUAGGUUGAAUGAGCUGUAGGACACUGUGUCUGCUCUCCCUGUCACCCACCAAAUAUCAACAUUUCUCGUUUCUGGUGUGCCAGUGUGUUUUCUAACUCAGCGAGGGAGAGGCAAGGGAGAGAGCCUUUCUCAGAUGUGUGUGUGACCCUGGGUUUGGUCUGCAAUAAAACCACAAUAAACUGGAAGAAUUCAGGUUCUUUAUGCUGGCCACCACUUAUGUUUUGGGCAGGGCUGGGAAAUUGUAGUCCAAACCAAACUCUCUAAAAAGGUAAAGUGUAAGACUAUACUUCUAAGGAGUGAGACACUCCCUUUGGAGACAGCAGAUUUCUUCAUUAACUUUUUCCGCUUUCUACUCAAAACAGUAUUUUGGUAGGAACUGGAAAUAAGUAAAUGGUUCCAAUAAGCCUUUCAAUAUACUGUAGCAGGCUCAAGACUGUUGCAUUCAAUCUGAACGUUGUUUUUUGUUCAGUCUCUGAAUGGCUGACCUCAUCACUGGUUGUAUCACAGCUGGCUGUGGUACUGUUUCUUCGAUGGGGACUCAGUGGAAUUAGUGUCUGUCCCUUACAUCAGGACCUUCUGGCACACUCUUUAUAAUGAACUGAUGUCAUCAACAUACUGAGGGGGCUUACCUCUGUUGUUCCUUCUUUCUUCAAAAUCAAAGGUAGCUUUUUGUGUACUUAAAGACUGUCACUCUCUCCAACCUGAUAAACAGGUACUGUAGAGUUGCUGUUAGCAUUUAUUCCAAACUCUGGGUGAGACAAUGUUGUGUGAAGAUGCAGUAAUGGAGAGAAUGUGCAGCUAGAGUAAGUCAAAGGCACCUUUCUGGAGGAAGCUCCUCUGUUAUAAUUCUUAAAAACUAUUGUGCAGUUCAUUGCUAGAGAAUGGAAGGUCAACCACUGAGGGUGCCUGUACAACAAACAGAUAAUUAUCUUCAGGGUUUCAUUUUUUUCAGAUGGUUAUGGGCUUAGGUUUCAGAUCUCCACCCAUCUCAGAUUCAGCAUAGUGGAUACUUCUGUAGUAUUCAGUCCAAAAGCAAAUUAUUUUUACUGGUGACCAAGAUUUUCAGAAGUUGCUAGUGAUUUUUAAUGGUUUGGGUCUUUCAAUGGAUUCUCAAAUGGAGCUCCCAAGAAUUACAGAGCAGUAAGCUCCUACAUUCUCUUUCUGAAAAUCCUGCUCCCUAAUUUCAAAUUAAUUGAUGUAAAAAUUCUCCUUAAAACAUAAGGAUUUUUGCCAAUUGCAACAUUUGCACUUUUUAGAGCUUUUCAUAGGGUUGCAGGUUGGAAUCUGAUACCAAUAGAGCCGGCCAUGUGCAUGGCACAGGUCCACUGUAAGCUUCAGCAAAUUUUACAGCUCUUUCUGCUACAGGUUUUAAAAAUGCAUUCUGACAAUUGACAUCAAUUUCAUGUGGGUAAAGCAAUGAAAAACAAAAUACUUUGAUUGAUAUGUUAAAUUAAAAGGAGACUGCUAUACUUCUACAAUAUGAGUUCUCUUAUUUUACUACCCAGUGAAAAAAUCCAGAAUAAUUUGAAUUAUAAAAGAAGAGUUUAUCAGAGAGUGUUAUCUUAAAAGGGUGUGUGAGAAGAAGUUGCAUUAGGCAGAGAGCCACUAGAAGCUUUUUUUGUAUCAAUGUUAGUUUUGAACAUCUUCCAGUAUAUGGGCAUGAAUUUAGAUGUGUGCACUUCUCCUGUUAAAACAGUUUGUUUUAAAAGCUUCCCAGGAUUUUAGCUAUGGCGACCUAGAAAAGCAGUGUUAGAGGCCCUGAGAAAUGUGAAAAUCAAGUCCAGACCCUUGAGUAGCCAGACUCCAAGAGAAGUCUGCUGUAGGUGCCUACCGGACAAACCUCCCUUGAAGCUGGUGUAGGUCUCCAUCCUGCAGCCAGCCUAUGCAUGUGGAUCACUGCAAGCAUAGCUCCCCCGAGCCCCGUGACACUUCUCACGUGUGUAACUGUCUGCCAGAGCCAUAAGGAAAUAACUGUACUUUUUGGCUUGUAUUUAACUAUUCAUUGUGUUUGGGUUUUUUUAAUCACUGUUAUUCUCCCAAAGUAGGCCAUGCUUCCUCAGGGAUAUUUAUGAAAUUGUUCUACAUCUCCUGAACAACUAUCUGGAUCCCAGCGUAUUCUUCUGAAAACUUUUUAAUAUAAAUAAACAUGUGGGAGAGAUUUUUGUUGUUAUGAAUGGGGGCAGGUACUGUGUUCUCGGAAAGGCUGUUGAGUGCAGACAAUCAAGUCUAUUGCAUUUUUUAUGCCGAACACCUUAUUAAUAGCAGACAUAUCCGCUUUUGCCUGGGUCGCAGGAACAGUUCAGGGGAAAGAAUGCUUUAUCUCUAGUCAAUAAAUCAUUUAUGUCGAGAGUGCCAAAGACCAAGUCAACAUGAAAGGGAGCAAAUAAGUUAUUCCGGCAAAGGAAGUGAAUUGAAAUAUGCUCAGAGCCAUUAGUUCAGUGUAAAAGAGUGGAAGACUAAUGCUAUUUUCAUAAAGCAGCCAUUAUCAGCCUGUGGAGAUAGAUAAAUUCAUAAAGGCCAUGCUGCUGUUACACUGAUCACCAGUUACUAUCUCUGAGACGAGGCAGGGUUGUGACCAGGACCCUGUUCCCUGUGCAGACCUGCAGCCUUCCUCCCACCGUGGAGCCUCCCCCUGCCUCCAUACUCACCUGGUUUCUCUGUGUCCAGGUUGCAGCAUCGAACUCCACUCAGAGUCCCUGUCAGAAACUCAGCCAUUCCAAGUGCUUCACACCAUGAGAAGUCCUUCACUAGAAGCCUGAAGGAAUUGCUCACCCCACAGAGCACGCUGCAGCUGAGAGCAUCCUUUGCACUGUUUUGUUCCUCAUUUUUUUUCCAUCUGUGUGGCUUUCUGUGCCUGAACACCCACCAUUUAUUCUAUUGAGGGCAAGGCAGCCUUCCAGGAGGGGAGUUUGAAAAAGCUCUUUGAGCUCUUUGGUUUUGCUUUUACGGGCAGCACAAAUGUCAUUGAGGAAAUGAAACCAUUAAGAAUUACAAAAUUCUGGGUUUGCCUUGAGUUUUCAGAAGACCUCAUGCCAGAUCCCAGCAGACUUACAUUGGCACUACUCUAUUGCAGUCUCCAGAGAUGUGUUGAUUAGUGCCAGCCAGGGAGCCAGCAUUGAGGUGGGGUUUUAUGUCAUCACUAAAAUGAACAUCCCUCCACCUGCCAUGAAGCCAAAAGAUCUGCAUUAUUCAAAAUAAAGCAAAGUAAAACCCUGCAUCUUUCACACUGGUCCCCUUCAAGAGUUACCAUCUCUGCCAUCAGAAUCUCCUUGAACAGCUCUGCUGCAGGACUGCAAUUGACCCUGGUAUAUAUAGGCUGUCAAUAAGAUUUUAAUUUAAAAAGAGAAGGUCCUUUAGUAUAAUUAAAAUUGAUGGGUGAGGGGAAAAUAUUACCAGCAUUACCUGCAACCUCCUAUAGUAAAAUUCAGAAAAGUAAUCUGGAGUGCAAAAAAACCUACCAACAUAAUGUAUGGGUGAUUAGGCAGGCUCAUGAGGAUAAAUCAGCAAGUAAGAAAAGUAGAUGCUUAAUGAAGGAAGCCAAAAAUGCAUGGGAAGUCAGUAGCAAAUAGGUUAGGUUACACCAAAGACUUUACAUAUAUCCUAAUAAAUACUGUCAUAGCAAAGCUAAGUGUGAUGUUAGACAGGCCCAGCACAGAGAUUGCUCACACUACAUUGGAAACCCAACAAAUAGUCUUGUUUUGUAUUUGAUAGCAGUGGAAGGAGAGAGUCAGAUUACACAUUAAAAUGUAAUUCCUCCUACUCCAUCAGUAAUUACAAGUAAUAUUAAGCAGUAACUCUCCAAACAUAAUUUUAAAUUUGUAGAACCAUUAACUGAAUCCAAAAGUGAAGGAAAAACUUGCCUAGGACUCCUCAGAACCAGAAAGCAUAAAGGAAGCUUCAAAUGACACCAAACCCACAAUAAUUCCAAAGAAGGAGUUGUUUGAUCCAGAAAACUAUAGGCUCAUUGGCUUCCGAUCAGUCUUAGGCAAAAUCAUGGAAAAGUUUAUAUGGUGUAAUCAUUAGAGCUAUUAAAAAUUGAUAAAUCCCUCCAAAUUAUUUUUAUAAAACUGUAUCAUGCCAAAUAAACUUGCUAUUAUUUUUGUGAUAUCAAAGGAUUGUUAAGAAGCUCUGCUAGCAUACUAUACUCAGCCUCCUAUAGAGCAUUUGAAUCUAUCAUAAAGAACAAAAUAGCACAAUGCAAAAUCAAUAUUGCCUAUAUUAAGUGGAUUAAAACUGGUUACAGGCUAGAUCACAAAAAAUAUCUGUAAAUAUGAAUUAUUCUCAGUGAGACUAUUUCUGAUUAGCUCCUCCCAAGGCAUGCUCUAUUUUCAAUAUACCCCCCCAGAGAAAGAGAAAAUUACUGUUGGCAACAGCCAGAGAUGACAAAAACAGGGGGGGAAUAAAUAAUGAUCUGAGUAGGUCAGUGGUGAAGAAUAACCUGGAGGACAGAAAAGUUAAAAAUCCAGGAGAGAUGGCAGCAAAUCCAAAUUAGAAGCAUGGGGAAUAUGUCUGCAAUAAUACAGAGUCAUAAAUUAUCCGUUCAGCAUCAGCCCCAGAGAUGCUCUUGCUAGCUGGGAUGUAGGACCUGGCAAUACUGAUGCCAUUCCAGUCUGUUUGGUCACUGUCAGUCUUUCAAAAAGGGUAUCGACAACUUGGAAAGAUUAUUUUCAAUAGUUCCCAGUGUCAUUCAAGGGCAGGAAAACAGGUCUUAUUAUAGUGUCAGACUAAUGAAGCUCAAGCUAUUAAUCCAUCAGAGGCAAUUUGAAGAGGUGACUUGAUCUCCGUCUGCAAUCACACUCUUCUAUCUGGGCAGGGAAGUGCUGUUUGAAGGCAGGUAGCUCUUCUGUUUAGAAGAAAAGGGAAUGAUGUGCUCUACUGGUUGGAAACUGAUUUCAGGCUAGAAAUUAAGUGCAAAUACUCAAGAGGGAGGAUGAUUACCCAUGGAGACAACUUAGUUACUUGGCAUGUUCUCCUUCACGUUAAGUCUUUAAAUGUAUGCAGAGUAUUUUUCUAAGUCAAUAAGCUCUACCUCAAACUGAAAUCCAGGCCUGGGGCAGCAAUCACUGGAUGAAGUUACUAGGCAUGUGUUAUGCAAGGAUUAGACUAGAUCAUCAGAUGUAAACUUCUGAAUUAAAAAUAUCCUGAAGUUUCCAAUAUUACAGGAAGGCAGGGCAAUCUAUAUCCUUUUUUUCCCCCACAAAAUGGUAUUAAUUUGAACAGCUUCUGUGGAAAGCCGUGGAUUUGGUAUGAGCAUCAGUAGGUCUGCUCACAGUUGUAAGGUUCUGCUGCACAUAAUUAAGGGAAGAGAAAUGGACAAGAAAGGACAACAAAACCCUUGGACAUACCAAGAAUCUGUAGCCUUUCACUGAUAGCAGCAUGGGACAAAAUGCUGUAUGCAAAUGAUGGGGCCAUGUGGAUGUGUAGUCAAAGCAAGGAAUAACAGCUGUGCAUUUGCCUCUUAAGGAGGUAGCAUCUUGCUGGCAAGAAACAGAUUUUCCUGCCUGCAACAACUGGCAGAGAAGCUGCAGUGCUGAUGGAGAGGGAGAUUGUAUCGCUGUGCAGCUGAGCACGGUACACAAGUUCCUUGCUUCAAAGACAGCAAACUUCUGCUCUCAUGACGAGCCCCAUUGGAGCUGGUUAAUAAAGCCCUGGAAGUGAAAUGACAUCAGUGGGAUUACCCAGAGAAAUGACAGCUGCUCCCAGCAGUGGGUUUUUGCCAGAUUGGGUCCUGUUACCAUUGGCUGGUUUGAAUGUUGUACUUUGGAAAUAAGCAGAGGAGUACUCGGUGUCUGAUUCAGAUUUCACAAAACCACUGUCAAAGGGUGCAAGGCAAGUGUGAACCAUUGGAGUCAUCUUCCAUGUGCUUCAUCAAGUGGUGGGAAAAGCACAAACUGGGAUGUGCGGUCUAAAGAGUAAACAGUUCACACAAACAAGGGAAACUAUAAAAGCAAUACUACUGCAGAUUGGUAUUGAAUCAACAUCAAGGAGCUGAAACAAGAAGGAACUAGCUAUGGCCAUAGCUAUGAAGAUAGAGAUCUUUGGGGAUUCUUGCUCUAAUCCAGUGUGAAAUCCUAGCAAAAUGAGUUUGGACUAGAUUUGUGGUUUAAAGCACAUUGGUAUAUGCUGCCUGCCAAAUUCUGAGGGGUCCCUGGCUUUGGGGUGUGAUACUUACAGGUGUCCUCAUGCUGCUGGGGCGCCUUGCAGCUCUGGAGGAGAGUGUUCUGUGACAGGCAUGGCUGAGGCCAGCUGAACUUGGCUGGGGCAGGGACGAAGCUGAACUUGCACAUGACUGUAACAUCUGCUUCUGCCGUAAGAGUGGGACUGACAGCUUUAUCACAGCACAGCUCAGGCUCAGACUAGGCUCAGUCUAAGAAUGAAACAAAAAGCUCCUUUCUGAUACUAAUUCCAAAUAUAUCUAAAUAGUUUCUCAGAAAAAAACCAUCCUCUAUAGUUGUUACACCUGUAAUCACAUUCCUUCUAUUAAGCAUUUGCCUUGAAUUUAUCUAUUUAAUAUCGUAAGUCACCAAAUUAAAUAGCAAAACACAGGGAUUUUUUCUAAAGCAGGGAGAUUGGUAUUGCAGCAAAACUGCAUGUAAGCAAUAAGAAGCUGUGCAGGGAAGGAAAAAAACCCAUAAAUUGUCCCAUCAGAUGCUUAGGGGACUCGAUCAGUUGAUUGGGUUUUUUCAAUAUUGAGAGGGCAGCUUUACAUCUAGGCAGAAGUUUUCCUUACUGAGCCAGGCUUUGGUCUCAAGACCAAAUAGAUAAAGUAAUGUUUGGAGUCCUUUUAGCACUUUGUCUGCUUCCUUUGUUUGUAAGAGGCUCCUUCUCUGCAUUUCUGAGGAAGGUAGAAAAGAGAUCAGGUGACAGUAGAAAAAGCACAGAGGGACAGGAGCUUCCAGCCUAUGCAAAGCAUCUCCGCAUGAGACCCACAUCUCAUCCUUCUCCCCUGAAUCCAACACCACUGACCAAGGGGAGGAAUGGAGCCAUGCUGGGCUAACCCACAAGCAGGGCCCAGUGUUCUCUCUGUGCUGAGCAGCUCUUGCAGCCACGGCAGGAGACAUGACCUGGCAGGACUGGACAAUACUCUGGCAAUGGGAAUGACCAGCAUUUCCCCAAAAAGGCUGCGUGCUCUGAGGAGAGGAGUCCUUUGCUUUGCACUAAGCUGCAGGGAUAAUUGGCAAGGCUAAGAGGUGUAUUUUUAAAUUUCUCACAGUUACUGCAGAAUCUGAAAGUGGCAGGGCAGUGCUUUGGGAUGUGCUGGGCUUUGCUUUCAGCUUCUUGUAGGGACUGCAGCUACCUGGACCUGCCUUGAAAUUAUUGUUUCUUUUUCACUGCCUGGGUAAGAUGGGAGGAAUGCCUGACUGGCUCUGGACACCAUAAACCAGCAAAGGGGGCUCUAAAUUUGGGCUCCUCUAUUUUGGGGAGUUGAAUUUAAAGUUGUUUGAACAUGACCCUGAGGAAAGCAGGCAGCUGACAGCUGGAAUUGCAGUUGCACCUGAGUUGUCUCCAAAGGUGGCCUCCCAAAAAGGAGCCCAUGCACAGAAUCAGAUGGCAGGCUGUGCCAGGCUGUGCCAGGCUGUGCCAGGCGCAUCAGCCGCUGAUGAGGGACAUGAGCUGCAGGGAGUGAGAGGGAGACUGGGAUCGAGGGAGACUGGGAUCGAGGUCCUGGGAGAUCUGCUCACCUGAUGGAGAACAGCUGGAUGCAGAAAGGCUGACUGCAAGCCCAUGGCCAUGGUCAAAACAGUCACCUGAAGCCAGCAAGUCAUGUCUGGUCCUGCUGCCUUUGGACUCAGUUCUGGUUGACGUUCACUAAGGAAAUACUCUAAGCCAGUGAUCUCCUUUUAAUGUUAACUUGGUUGAUAAUCUAGGAAGAUGCCAGCACUCUAAUGCUUAUAAAGUGACACACUGUUACUCCCAGUACAUCUGUGUCUGAACUUUUUAAUGAUGGAGCCAAUUGAGGUGGCAUGAGACAAAAGUGUGCCUUUUUGUUUGAUGUACACUGCAUUCCCCCAGGCAUCUAAGGUGUUCAGCUGCAGAGCAGUGCUUUUUUCCCAAAACAGAAAUUAUCAUGCAAUCUAAUUUUUAGUAUACAAAGUGGCCAUCACUGUUAAUUCCACCUUACAGUUUUAUAUUCAGUCUUUACUUCCUUCUGUUUUCAAAAAGCAACAAAAAAUAAAGCCUGGGUGGGAGGGAGGAGUUCUUUUAAACAAUAAAAUUAAAAUCAAUAUCAAGUUUUUGGUAUCUUUGGGCAUGAUCUCUGGAAGCUUUGGGUAUCUGCUUUAUCAUUUUGUAUAUUUGACAAUUUUGUACUCUGCAUUGUUUGACUUCAUUUGUGCAUGGCAAUGUAUUAAAACAUGGAAUUUUUAUUAUA